ACUAGAUAUCGUCCGCCGCUCUGAAAUUGGUGCAUAAACGGCUGUAUAUCCAGCUUGUCGCACGUGCAGAACAUCGACGGACAUUCUAGGAGGCGCCUACAUAAAAAAAAGGCAGCCCUCAUGGCGUGGCACAAAGCUGCAGCCAAGGCCACGAUCCACUACGGCCCCCGCGUGUUCCUGACGAUCGGGAGCAUCUUGAUGGGAGCGCGUAUUCGAGUACGACCCAUCCCGGACGCGCCCGCGAUGACGGGCCACACGCUGGCGGUAUGCGCGAGCGCUGUCUUUUUGGGACGCACCGCGGCGACGGUGGGCUCCGCGUUAUACGCCGUCGCGGCGCUCGCGGGCCUGCCGGUCUACACGGGCUGGCGGCGAGGCGUGCACAAACCUACCAUAGGCUACGUCGUGGGGUUUAGUGCGUGCGCGUGGCUCGUCGGCAGCGGUAAAAAUAAACCGCUGGCCGUCUUCGUGCGGUGCUGCGUCGGCCAAUUCGCGACCCUCUUGAUCGGGUCCACGUGGCUCAUAUUUCCGGGCUACGCGGAGACGCUGCCCGCGGCCUGGACACUCGGCGUGCGGCCCUACCUGGGAGGAGCGCUCGUCAAAUCCUUCCUCGUCGCGUCGGCGGUCGCGCUUUGUUCGUUGACGCCGUGGCUGACGUGGCGAGCGGGCAAAUGGGGCCUCGGUAUCCUCACGCCGCUCAUAUUUUGGCGCAUAAUCUGCUCGGCACCGGUGCAGCGGUUGAUCGCGUGGAUCGACGAGACGACGGUCGCGGACGUCUGGGCCUGGGAGCCUGGUGGUGGGGGUACUAAGAAAGAUUAGUAAAAAUGAUUAGGGGUGGAAUAUCCUAAAGAAGGACACGACGACGACGCGACUCGUCACGGGACUCACCGCCGUCGCGCUGGUCGUUCGGUGCCGGAUCGAGGGGAGCG